AAUACCGGAACACCCAUCGUUCGUAUGGAAUCUCGCGGGCGCACACCCCAGGAAGAGACAGAGAACAACGACGGCGACUUCCGACUCCGGCGGCGCCAUCCUUUGACUUUCUCGAUGCCGCCCCUCUUCCUCCUGCUCCUGCUCCUGCUCUCGUCCAUCCACGCCUCCACCGCAGACGACAUCUGCAUCGUCGGCAGCGGCAUCUCGGGCUCCUCCACCGCCUUCUUCCUCACCAACUACACCGCCCCUAUCCCCGCCCAGCUCCGCGUCUUCGAGCGCCGAGACAGGGUCGGCGGCCGCCUGGCCACCGUCUCCGUCGCGGGCGACAACUUCGAGGCCGGCGGCUCCGUCAUCCACCCGCGCAACCUCCACGUCCGCCGCUUCGCGGACCUCCUCGGCCUCGCCGCCAGGGACGACGGCGAGGGCGACGACGACUGGCUCGGGAUCUGGGACGGGGCCCGCUUCGUGUUCAGUACCCUCCCCCCGCCGCCGCCCGGGAGCUCCUGGCUGCGACGCAGGCUGCACGCCCUCCUCAACUCGCUCCUCCUGCUCAGGCGCUAUGGCCUCUCGCUGUUCAGGAUGGACAGCUUUGCGCAGGAAAUGUUGAAGAAAUUUCUGCUUUACUACAAUGGUUUCGAGUCCCGGCCUGUCUUCGACAACGUCGAGGACAUGCUCAAAUGGUCUGGCCUGUAUGGGCUCACUCAGAGGACCCUAGAGGAGGAGCUCAUCGAUGCUGGGCUCAAUUCUCAAACUAUAUCAGAGCUAGUCACUGUGAUAACAAGGAUCAACUAUGGACAAAGUGUCAGUAUAAGUGGCCUCGCGGGCGCUGUUUCUUUAGCUGGCUCCGAGUCUGGAUUGUGGGCUAUCAAAGGGGGCAAUUGGCAGCUAGCUGCUGGGUUGCUUAAGACCGCUAACGCCACAUUGCAUCUCCAAGAAGGCAUAGAUUCAGUCUCUGAUGCAGGGGAUUACUAUGUUCUUAAAUCCAAUAAGGGGCGUGAAUAUAACUGUACUGUGACGGUUAUUGCAACGCCACUUGACGAGGUGAACAUUACAUUUACCCCUCCAGUCUCCAUUCCGCCAAGGAAGAUGCAGCACACCCAUGCAACCUUUGUUAGGGGCCUCUUGAACCCUAAAUUCUUAGGCCUGAGCUCAGUGUCCGAUAUUCCAGAGCUGAUAGGAACCAUGGAGCUCCCCGAUAUUCCUUUCUCGUCCAUCUCAGUUCUGAAGAAGCGCAAUCAACAUGACAUGACUUACAAGGUAUUCUCGCGUGCGAAGCUGGAUGACAGUUUGUUGGCUCAGAUGUUUAGCACAAGGGAAGAGACCAUUCAGAUAGACUGGCCUGCUUAUCCUCACUACCAUGCCCCGGAAGAUUUUGCGCCGAUAAUACUGGACGGGAAGCACCUGUACUACGUGAAUAGCUUUGAGAGUGCAGCGAGCGCCAUGGAGACGGGUGCUGUCGCGGCAGAAAAUGUGGCGAGGCUCAUCAUCUCGAGGUUGCCUCUCGGCCUGCGAGCCAGUCCCUUGUUGUCGUCGGAAAAAGGCGCCGAUGGUCCCCCUGAACCUCAUAUCGAGUCAUUCGCCGGCGAAGUAGAUUCCCGGCAAGUAGAUCUGUGAAUGUGUAGACAUAUGUAUGUACAGUGCAGAUAAAAUGCAGUACAGAUUCAUGAAGAAUUAUGCACUGUGUGAUUCAUGAAGAGUUAUGCAUUGUGUGCGUAACAGUAAUACUGAAUAUACCAUCACUAUGCCCGCUUAGUUAGUUAUACAAGUGUUGAGACAUUGUGAGUUUGCAUCAUUAAAGGAAAAUUUCGUA